CAAGGCCGUGGGUGACCCUGGAGGCUGCCAGCCCUUCUGUCUCCUCGCCCACCUCCUCUUGGUGAGGCUGAGGUCGAGAUGGAAAAGUUUGGGGAGGAGCCGCGAGCCAGGAGGACAUGUUUGCAUUCCUCAGCCACCGCUCUCAGGUGCCUGGACAGGGAGGAGGACAUCCGGACAGUCCCUGACCGCCACUCCUCCCGGGGGCUGAGGUUAUGAAACUCUGGGGACUUUGCACCCAGCCCAGGCCCCUCCCCAGACUUAUAAAUGUCGCGGGGCUGGGCAGUGGAACUCACUUGCCUGGCAGGCCCGGUGUCAGAGGGACUCGGCAAACGCGUGGCUCCAGGCUUUCCAGCUCCGCGCCUCUCCUUGGGCAAUCCGCUCCCGCAGUGCGCAGUGCGCAGCCCGAGGUCCCGCUCUUCGCCGCCGCCGCAGUUAGCAGGAUGGAGACGCGUCCCGCGGGCCCGGCCCGGGCGCUGCUGCUCUGCCUGGGUUUCCAUCUUCUACAAUUGAUUCUCAGCACAACUGUGAUUCCGUCCUGCAUCCCAGGAGAAUCUGACAAUAACUGUACAGCUUUAGUCCAGAUGGAGGACAGCCCGCGUGUGGCUCAAGUGUCUAUCACAAAGUGUGCCUCUGACAUGCAGGGCUACUGUCUGCACGGGCAGUGCAUCUACUUGGUGGACAUGAGCGAGAAUUACUGCAGAUGUGAUGUGGGGUACACGGGUGUCCGAUGUGAACACUUCUUCUUAACUGUCCACCAACCCUUGAGCAAAGAAUAUGUGGCUCUUACUGUAAUUCUUGUCAUCUUGACUUUGGUCAUCGUUGCUGGUUCCAUAUACUAUUUCUGCAGAUGGUACAGAAAUCAGAAAAGUAAAGAGUCUAAGGAGUAUGAGAGAGUGACCUUGGGGGAGCCAGCACUGCCCCACGUCUGAGGGCUUCACCAGCACCACCGGGCCAGGCCAGAGUGCACAGGGGCCCGGUUCACGUUCCUUUCCUAUUUUGUUAAUGAUAUUUAUGUUGGGUCACGUGUUAGGUCAACAACUAUGUAUUUUUAAUAUACUUAUAAAGUGUUUUUAUUUUUGUUUUAUUUUUGACAGAAGAUAUGGUGGUCAGGGCUGAGAGUGUCAGCGAGUGACAGAUCUUUGUGAAUCUAAACCAUGGUCACAUAAAUUUAGCACAGAGUUUUUCUCCUCCUCCAAUGGGUAGAACUGGCUGGCCUGUGUUAUGGUCCGACCCGGUGUCAACGCUGGAGCCUCUGCGUUGUGUGUUAGAAGUCAUCAGUUAGGACUAGGAGAAACACAUACAGGUCGGGGCCACCCAUCACAUCCUUAAAACAAACCCAGCCAAGCAGAACACCCUUACCCUGCCCAGGGCUGCCUGGAGGGGAGGGGACAGUCUCUACACCGUCCUCAACAGCUACAGACAGAAGUCAU